AUGAAGAAUCAAAGCAUUAGAUCAUCUAACUCUCCUUCACAUGAGUUAUUGGAUAUUCAUAUUUCUGCUUUAUUAGACGAUGAACAAAAAGAAAAAGAUAAAAUUAAAGCUAACCAAUUUGGUGGCGUUUUAGGUAUUACCAUUAUGAUUCUUGGUUUACCAUUAUCUUUAUUCUAUUUAUCGUAUUGCUUAACAAAAAACCAUGGUGGUGCAUUACAAAAUCCAUGUACUAUUGAUUUUUAUCAUUAUAUUAUCGAUAUACAUAUACAAUUAAUUACCAUUGAUUAUAAUGCAAUACCCAUAUUAAUGUUCUAUAUACUAUUUCAAGUUGUAUUAGCUGUUACAUUACCGGGUCGUAUCACAUUAGGUACUCCUGUUGGUGUUAAUAGUGAUGGUAGUAUUAAACGUUUAGAUUAUAAAUUAAAUGGUUUGAUUGCUUAUUUAUUAACCUUGAUUAUUUAUUAUUUAAUAUGUUAUCAUUAUCAUAUUCUGCCAGCAACAUUUUUAGCGGAUAAUUUUACAUCACUUUUAGUAGUAUCAAAUAUAUUUUCGUUUAUGAUUGCUAUUUGUAUGUCGAUAUUAUCUUAUCGACAAAAAAAAUUUCAAUCGAUUAGUGACAAUUUCAUAUAUGAUUUUUGGAUGGGUUUGACACGAAACCCAAGAUAUAAUAAUUUCGAUUUUAAAUUUUUUUUCGAAGGACGUCCUGGUUUAAUAUUAUGGGUUUUAUUUAAUAUUUCAUUUAUUGAAAAACAAAAGCAAAAUUUUAAUGAUAAUUAUUCAUUACCGAUUCUUAUAAUAACAGCUUUUCAAACAUUAUUUGUCACUGAUUAUUAUUAUUUUGAAGAAGCGAUAUUAACAACAUGGGAUAUAAUGGAAGAAAAAUUCGGUUUAAUGAUGAUAUGGGGUGAUAUUGUAUUUGUACCAUUCUUUUUUUCAAUUCAAACACAUUACUUAUCUUUACAUUCACCAUCUAUACAAACAUUAUCAACAUGGUAUUUAUUAUUCUGUUUAUGUUUAUGCAUUAGCGGUUUCCUAUUAUUUCGUAUUGCUAAUUUACAAAAACAUAAUUUCAGUUAUGAUUCAUCCAAAGUUUGGGGUCUAUCCUGUUAUAAUUCGUUUCUUAAACUAAUCUUUGGUAUCUGUCGUCCUAAUACGGCUAAAUAUAUUCAAACAAAACGUGGACCAAAAUUAUUAUAUUCAGGUUGUUGGGGUAUCGCAAGACGUAUGAACUUAACAGGUGAUAUAUUGCAAAGUAUUGGCUGGUGUUUAUUGUGUUCUCGGAAUCAUUUAAUACCGUAUACAUAUAUUAUUUAUUUAAUAUUAUGUUUUAUACAUCGAGAAAGAAGAGAUAAUGAAGUUUGUCAAAGAAAAUUUGGAUCAGAUUGGAAAAGAUAUACAAAUAUUGUACAAUGGCGUUUAUUUCCAAACAUUUAUUAA